AUGAAUAAAUUUUAUAUUCAAAUUGUUUUUUUUCUUUUAAUCAUCCCCCUAUAUGUGAAUAAUAAAACCCUUGCAACUGAGCUUGUUCCAAAAAAAGAUACAAAACACAAAUCAAAAAAAGAUAAAAAACACAAAUCAAAAAAAAUUUAUUCUACUUCAGAAGAAAUAUUUAAACAAAACAAACACCUACUAUGUACCAAUCGCAAUGAAUCUAGAAAUGCGUGCAACUUUAUGAAUGACGCUUUAAAACAAUUAGAACAUCAUGCUACAAAUGGUUAUAAAAAGUGUUGUGUAAAUUAUUCUCAACAGAUGGUUCAUUAUAAAAAAAAACAUAAAAACCAUACAAAAAUUCAAAAAAUUGAAUAUAUAGUUGAUGAUCUGAAUAAGUAUAAUGAAUUAAUAAACAAGUUUUGGGAUCCCGAUCAUAGCAAAUUUGUGUAUGGAAGCUCGGCUAAAAGAAAAAUUGUUCGUGUGUAUACUCCAAAUUUAGUAAUGAUACAACAACGUUGGAAAAAACUUCCGUGGGCUCGUCAUAAAUAUUUUUAUGCUAUAGCUGCAAAAUUUAAAAUAUCAGAAAACAAAACUAUAAUUGUCAUGGCUUCAGCAAAUAUAAUUGAUCACAACCGUAAAAAUAAAAAAUAUUUUGAAAAUACAAUAGUAGAAAGUGCAAAUUUAUUCCAAGCUGAAGUUGAUUCUGAAGAUGAGAUUAGAAAUGGAAAAAUAAAAAAAAGCUAUGUUAACUUAAGUGGAUACAUUAAUGAUGAACAUGGUUCCAUUUAA